CAGUCCUGUAAUGAGCAUAUUCUAGAGACACUCAGCAUCAUAUGACUUCAGACCAUCAUGGAUACCCACCUUUAAAUAUGCACGUAAACAUGAAGAAGGAGAGGACUAAAGAGCAGGACUAAACCGAUUUUUGACGCUUUUAACCAGUCUUCCAGGAAAGAAGCUUCAUCUCUACACCGCAGAAGGGAAAAGAGGGAGCAGCAUUAGGAAAAAUGCUGUGCUAGAUUGAUCUCAUUUAACACAUAAGCAAGGAAAUACUGUCAUUUUAUUUGGAAAGCAUGAUCUAGAGGGAGGCCUAAACACCAUCCAUGCUUUGAGGCUAUGGAUGCUCUCCCACAUUUCUGCAUUUUUGUGAGCCGGAGCGGUACAUUUGGGGGCCGUGUAAUGUCUGAUUGAGUGUAUCAAUGCUGCUGCUGUGUGGAUCUCUUUGGCUAUGGAAAAAAACUAGGCCUUGUUUGCCUGCUGAUCUCCACGCAGGGAACGCGGAACGCGGCUGUGUGCCUCAGCCUGUUGGGACCGUGCAGAGAGGAAGGGAGAAGCUCACCAUCUGCAUGCCAGUUGGAAGUAGCAUGCACAAUAAAGACAUCCAUUACCAAAGGCCAUGCACAAACAGGCAGGAGCUAUAACACCAGGACAGUAGCCUGGUAGAUUCUUCUUCACCCCUUUAAAUCGUCUGGACUUAAAAGCACUGUUUUUUUCUAUAUGUUCAAAAUCUAUUUGAAGGACGGGAGGAAUAUUGCUGUAACACUUCCUGUAUAGUUGAUCGCUGUCUUCCUUUUUUGCUCACCAAUUGCAAUUUUUCCACUUGACAUUCUAAAGAUUUGCCAAAACCUGUUUCAUGCAUGUCCACUGGAGGCAGGUUUGACUUUGAUGAUGGGGGGUCGUACUGUGGAGGGUGGGAACAGGGCAAGGCGCAUGGCCGAGGGGUCUGCACGGGGCCCCAGGGCCAGGGGGAGUAUGCGGGGGCCUGGAGCCAUGGAUUCGAAGUUCUUGGAGUUUACACUUGGCCCAGCGGGAACAGUUACAAAGGAACCUGGGCGCAGGGCAAGAGGCAUGGCAUUGGCGUGGAGAGCAAAGGGAGGUGGGAGUACAAGGGGGAAUGGACACAAGGGUUCAAAGGCAGGUACGGGAUGUUGGAAAGCACUAGCAGCGGUUCCCGUUAUGAAGGCACCUGGAGCAACGGCUUACAGGAUGGAUACGGCUCAGAGACCUAUUCGGACGGAGGCACAUACCAGGGCCAGUGGUUGAGCGGUAUGCGUCAUGGCUAUGGAGUGCGACAGAGUGUGCCUUAUGGCAUGGCAGCCAUCAUCUUCUCCCCUAUGUGCACCUCCAUAAACUCCCUACGAUCCGAUCACAGUGAAGGGGCCCCCACUCCAGAAGAUGGCUCUGGUGUCAGUGGGGUAUCUGGCAGCCCAGUGGGGCGUAGUGGCUUUGUACUUUGUGCUCACAGUGAAGCAGACAGGCACAGGAAGAGGAAAGGCCGUUUCCGACAGUCCAUACUGAAUGGUUUGAAACUGCGGAGGUCUGAGUCCAAGAGCUCGCUGGCCAGCCAGUUAAGCAAGCAGAGUUCCUUCUGCAGCGAGGCAGGUAUGAGCACAGUCAGCUCAGCCGCCUCAGACAUCAACUCCAACGUCAGCUUAGGUGAAGCUGAGGCAGGGGGCAGCGUGGAUGCCACUGUCACCGAAACAUAUGCUGGCGAAUGGAGGAAUGACAUGCGAUCAGGGUGGGGUGUAAGUCAUCGCUCUGAUGGACUUCACUAUGAAGGUGAGUGGUUUGGAAACAAGCGGUAUGGCUAUGGCUGCACCACUUUUCCAGAUGGAACCAAGGAAGAGGGAAAAUACAAGCAGAAUGUUCUGGUGAGUGGCAAGCGGAAAAACCUAAUACCACUCCGUACCAGCAAAAUCCGUGAAAAGGUAGAUCGUGCUAUGGAAGCUGCCGAGAAAGCUGCAGACAUAGCCAAGCAGAAGGCUGAGAUUGCAUUGUCCAGGAUGAGCCAUGCUAGAGGAAAGGCAGAGGCUGCAGAGGGAGUCGCACAGAGAGCCCUGGAGGAGUGCCGUCUGGCCAGGGCUAUAGCCAAAGAACUUUCCCCCUCUCUCCAUCACUAUGGGAAUGGACUGGAGUGCCAGAGACCAAAGCAUCAGGACAGGAAAGAGAAAGACCUGGAGGUGGUCUCGACUGGUACAGACAGCCCUGAGCUCUGCACACCAGACACAACACCCCCAGCCCAGACACCUGACCUGAGCCCAGUUCUAAGCAGCCCCUCCUCACCUCCCUGCAGCCCACCUACUCAUCGCACUAGGAAUGCUUGUUUCAUGCGGCAGAGCGCUGUGGAUGAACAAGGAGGGGCCGAGAUUCAGGUUCUAGUAGAAGGUAGAGGCAUGGACAGCAUGAGAAGUGGGGCCAACAGUUGGACUGCUGAGAUGUAUCCUCACAGAAGAGGAAGCAAAGGGGAGAGCAGUCGCUCCACAACUCCAUCCUUGCUGGAAGAGGAGAUCGGUCACGUUAAUGGACAUGAGAAUUCCUUAACUCAUCACCCAUGGGAGAACGGCUCCUCUAAUCACAAGCCCAUUGAGCAUAUGGCCCCUGAAAAGGUGUGGGAUCAAAUGUCCUCCAAUAAAAAGCCCCGGAAGCAUGUUUCCUUAAAUCAAAAAUCCAGGGAACAUGCAAUUUCCAGGGAACGAGAACGGGAGCAUAAACCAUCCAAUCACAAAUCUGUUGAUUGCGACUCUUCCAAGUUCAAACCACAGGUGCACAUAUAUUCCAAUCACAAGUCAGUGGGUCAUAAUUUGUCCAAUCACAAGACCAAUGAGCAUGCUUCCUCCAAUCACAAUCCAAAGGAGUUUAUUUCUGCACAUGAAAAACCACAUGUUUCUUACCGUUAUAAUCCCCAAGAGCAUGUUUCCACCUAUCACAAACAACAUGAGCAUGUCCACUCCAACCACAAGCCAAGAAAGUCCUUUACCAAUCAUUCGAUUGGUGAGUCUAGCUUGAAUGCAUACCAGCUGUCAGACCGUGGCGCCAACAACUCCACUCUGGAAUCGACUGUUGAAAGCAAUUCCCAGUGGAUCUCUUCCCAUUCACAUCUGCAGGAUAAAGAAGGGGAAAAUGAUUAUCGGGUUGAAAUGAGGUUCCAGCCCCUAGACUCCGUUUCCCAUCAGAACUUUGGCUCUGGCAUGAAAUGCUCGGGUCUCCAAGGGCACAAUUUGCAGAGACUACGUCAGCGAAACCAUGAAGGCAAAGAAUGGGGUCUUGCAGCCAGGGAGGGGUCCAUGGACUCUGUGCAGAUGCUCGACACCUUGAAUGUUGGGGUUGAUGUGGAGGAAUGGCCUUUGCACAGGGACAUUACUCUUUCACCCCCUUUAACGUCUUUUCCAGAACCACUGGAACAAGAAGGAGAGCAUCUGAACCUGAUGAAGACAAACUCAGGCUCCAGCUCUGUCCUGGUGGUCAUGGUGUUAUUACUCAACAUUGGUGUAGCCAUUUUGUUCAUUCAUUUCUUUAUUUAAUCAUAUGGCCUGUAGAAUGUCAAUAACAGCAUUGAUCAUAAUCAAGAGUAAGAUAUGCACACAAUGCACACUUAGCACCACUUCUUAAUAUAAGGAACCCAAAAAUCACAGUAGUAAAUGUCUGUGUAAGUCGGGCAAUCCAUGUAAAUUGUAAACUUCUUUUAUGGUUCAAUUUAUUAUCUAAUUCCAUUAUAAUCCAUUAGUUAACUUUGCUUACUUUUUCCUCCAUUCAUAAUAAAGGUCCAUUUACAAUAUUCUGUAGAAAUGAAGUAUUACACACGUUUAGGUUUUUUAAUAUACAGCUCGUCUGAUAUGUUUUACCACAUAUUUAACAGUUACAAAAGAUUAUUUCACACUCAUUUGUUUUCUUUUCAAAUGCACAUAAGGCCAUUAUUGAGUAACGAG